AUGGCGCCAAGCCUACAGGAACUGAUAGAUUUCUUACUCAACGAGGUCGCGCUUUGCGGAAAUCAAGGCACGGCCUUGUCGGAGGUCCUCAAGUCUAUUGACACUUUCUAUCAGACUCACUCGGGCGACUCUCAGCUGCAACAGACUGUAGAUCGUCCCUUCAAAGUGAAGGUCUGGUCAUGGCUGACGCGUAACCCUGAGGUGUCUGUGGGGAGGAAUGGUGAAUGGAAUAGUCUCAGUCUCGACGAAGCGGAAGAGCUGGACACCCAGUUCAAAAAGUCCUCUCAGGCGGGAAAUACUGAUGAGUCCCAAGAUGGAGCGCCUCCAGGACCUUCUUCGCAAUUCCGGAUCUUUGUGUCCACCGAGAGAAUGUGGUUCGCGAUCGCCGGACAUGAGCCUGACGACAACAAAGUCCCAAAUUCAGAAUUCGCCUUACUCUCUAUCAUUGCUUCACACGGCGCUAAUGGUGUCGCUCAAACAGAGCUUGUAAAGCUCAGUGGCCAGGACAAACGUUCUGUCCCGAAACGAACUGAUGCAUUGGUGCGUAAGGGAUACAUUGAGAAGCGAGCAAUACAAAUAAAAGCAGCACGAACAAGUCUUUGCACUCUUCGUCGAUUUUCCCAGUCUGUGAUCGGUGAAGCAAACGAUCAAAACUCCCAAGAUCGGCCCAUGAUCGACUUUGCCGAAUUCAUCAACAACCUCUUUGAGAUCCUCAAGAAAUAUUCAAUUAUCACUCGCAACGACCUCAAGAGAAAGCUGGAUUUCAACGACAAUUGGCGAUGGAGAAUUCUUUCUCGUGCGCUUCGCAAAUUUGAGCGUAUCGGCGUAAUCAAGCGGGUGAGAGCACAGUCUCAGUAUGACCGGCUCCACCCAUGUGUCAUGCUGCUUCGGGAACCUACAGAGAGGGACAUGGAAAAAUUCCAUGACUACAGCCGGAACGACAUUAUCAAAAGCGAUGGUGAUACAGUGGAGCUGGACGACGACAUGGAAAUGGACGAUGUCGGUCAAGCCACCCAUUUAGGCGCAGAGGAAGACGAAGUAGUCGUGAAACAGGAAGAAAAUAUUGUGGAUGCCGGACGUACCAUACCGGCUUGGACACCGGAUCGUAUUGCGGGAAACCAGCUCUUUGAGCUCAUCGACCGGGCUGGAACGACUGGUAUAACCAAUGCAAACAUUAACCGGGUGUUAUUUGGAUCAUUCUACCGCAGACCUUCUGAAAGUAUUUUGCAUCGCUUGACCGACUGCUGGCAGCUCUCUCAGCCACUGCAUGUUCGCCAUUUGGCAGUUGUGCGAGAUACAGCCAUCGAAAGAACUGUGUUCUACUACAUCAAUUAUUCCGCCAGAAAUUUCGCCAAAAUGGUUGAGGCGGGCCACUCUUCAUGGGAAGCCGUUGAGUUCGCGGGCAGCAAGAAAGGCAAAGCAAACAAUGCCAGGCUUCCACCCCCCGAUGCCAAGCCACAACUCGAUCAAUACGGGCUCCCGACGGUGCCACCUAUCUAUCCGUUAAUGAAGAAUGGAGCGGCUAGUCUGUUCGAAUGUGUCGCAGCGUGUAGACCGUCAAAUUACCUGCUAUCGAGUGCCGACCCCAAGGCAUUCCAGCUGUUCGAUGGUACUUUUGCUGUGCAGUCUGGUCCAAGAAAAAUCCUUAAUGGAAAUGUGAUCCAAUCGCCAAUCCCGUCUGGCCAUGCUGGUCGCCCGAAGGGAUCCCUGAACCGAUCAACGCGGAUCAAAAUGGCCAAUCGAACCCCUCAAAGCACGGAGACUCGAGUCAUUGAGGAGCCACCCGAAGCGAUGGAUUUCACACCUUCAAGAACGGUCAGAAGCAAGCGGUGGCAAGUGGAAGGCCUCUCCAAGAAAGAAAGAUUCGAGGCCAGAGGCAUGGAUGAAACGUGGACUGAGUACAAUGUCAUGAUCAUGGACAGACCCACUGCUGGUGUUUAUGUUACGCCUCAAGGGAAGAGGAGGCCAGCAGGCAGAAAACAAGGUCGUCCGAAACAGAGUCGGAUUGCAGUUUUCAAAUCGGACAAAUUGGCCUCUUUCCCCUGGUUUGUCGAAGACUUCGAUGAUUCUGACAAUGACAAUACGAUAGGCGCGAGCGCUCCUGCGUCUGUUGUUCGUGAAAAUACUCCCACAACGCUCACCCCAUCAAUCGACAGACGUUCUAAGCGACCACAGGCUGCUCUGGACCAAACCGAGUCUCCUACUCCAUCCACGAGGAGCGAUGCCGGACUGUAUCGUGGAAGGAACGCCAAAAGAUCCCGUACUGAUGCCAAUGAGAAUGAUCAGACUGAAUCUGGUGACACUGAAGCCUCGCUGCGGGCCGGACAGUCAACAGCGCAAGAGAGAGCAGCUUCGACAAACGGCCGGGACAAGAGUGCUGCUGUACACCCGCUGAGUGUUGAAGUUGAUCAGGAAGCAACAUCAAAAAGACGCCGAAUGUCAUCUCCAGAUCGGCUUCAUGUCGAAGCUGCCUCAUCGGAACAACCAAGUGGCUCUGUGGAACACUCAAAGAAGUCAGCCAAGUUACUGGACCUUUCAGAAAGGAUGUCUAGGCAGCCUACAUUAUCUGUUGCACCAGAUUCGCCAAAGAGCGUAAAAAGGCAUGCUGCAGCUGACAGGGGCGGCUCUAUUUCCCUCAUUCGGCGGAAGAUCAUCAUGGAACUCGUGGAAAAGGCCGGUGGCGCAUAUCCAUCUGGUAACGAGAUUUGGUAUCCAUUUGUGACUUAUUGGAUGAAAUUCAACCGAAAAGAGAGGCCAGACAUGCGGACCAUCAAAACAGCGAUCAAGAACAUCGUUGAUUCCGGCAAGCUUCGCCAAUUGACUUUCAGUGGCAAAGAUAUCAAAGGCGUGAUGGUCACGAGGACCAUAUUGGCGAAGCCUGAUAUGUCCCCGAAUGAUUCUUUGAUCAAGGAUAUGCAGCAGCAAGUACUGGCAACUGACCCCCGCAAUCCAAGAAUCUCGUAUUCUCCUCAUGUCGAGGUGGACCCUGUUCUGAUUAGGACGAACGUGCCUAUCACCCAGAGGUUCAAACUGCCUGUUGUGGCCAGUGCGACUGUUCAAUUGCACCACAAACCUGCAUUUGCUCUCUAUGAAGAGAAGAGACAGGAGCGCCAGGUCAACAAAGCGCUGAUGAAACAAUUGGAGGGCGACUUGGAAUCAGGAAAGUCCAAGCGUCUUUUGACAACUCAACGCCGACUGGUACAAAAUACUUCAGGCGCCACACAUACAUCGAUUUCUCGACCUGGGCCACGACCAAGAGGAAGGCCCAGAAUCGAACGACCGGUGAAGAUCAUUUCUGCCAUUGGGUCUACCAGCUUGCUGAUGAACCCGGGCCAAACCUUCCAUCCGCAGUCUGGCACUUUCGCUACUGGAGCUCGACUUUCCAGAAGUCGUCAAUUGAAGAACAAGCCGUUACCCAUGCUACCAAUUGAGAUUGCGAACUCUGUUCAACACCUGACUCAACUGGCACGACAGACAGAAGACCCAUCAAGAGUAUCUGAUAGGAUCCUUAAGUGGGAGCUUAAUCACGAGGAGUUCUUCGAUGCUAUUCUUGAACAUCACCCAUAUGUCGACCAGGCCGUUGACCAGAAUACUUUCCAUGCAGCCCCAAUCGAGGGUAAUAUUCGCUUUGCUUUGGACCAGCCGACUAGAGCCUCUCAAGCAGUUCGCCAGCCUAACGAACCCAGGAGGGCUCGUCGGUCAUUUAAACAGUCUGCGCCGAGACAACGUCGCCUGGAUGCGGUGGACACAUCACUUGACGCCCGCAAAGAAACCCAGCGAGAUGCCUUUAAGGCACCUCUUCGGCGACAACGGAUCACAGCUUCGGUCCCUGACGCACUCUAUCGAAAGGUUAUGGCGGCCAUCGUCGUUGUCCGCGUUUUGGCCGGUGGAUGGGAGGCCAGAAUGGUUGAUUGGGAUCUUGUGUCAGCAGCAUUUCCCUCCGAGGACCCAAUCUUCAUCCAAGAUCGGGCAAAAUCGAUUCUUAGCAAUAACCGACUACAAAUCCUCAAGAUGCAGCGUGAUUUCCAAGAGAGAUUCCUCGAGGCCUACAAAAAGGGCCGAGUCCCCACAAUCGACUACUCGAAUCUCGAGGCGUACAACUGGCCGGCAGUGGUCGAGUGGGCUAAUAUCGAGCUCGACGUCACCACAUCUCAGAAGGCUCCUUCUUUACCAGCGACCCGCGAACAGUUCGAUAGCAUCUUCGAACUCCGGGAGGACCCUGUUACCAAUGGUGAUGAACUGUUUGGAACAACAUCGAUGAUCACCACGGUCCACAAGCGCGCUCUCACGGCCCGGGUGCCGUUCGCCAUUCCCAUACACACUAAGAAAGCCCCAACAACAGGGCCUCGAAAGGCAGAGCUUGCGAGCCUAGAAGUCGCCAAGUCAUGGGUUCGUGCGAACAUUGUCACUCCGGAACAGGCGUACCGACCUGAAGAAGCGAGAGACACCCUGAGUCGUUUCGGCGGACCACUCGUCGAGUCCGCCACGCAGUCUCUACUGACAGAACGAGUCAUCGGCAUGGGCAAUCGGGGCCGCAUCGUCCCAGGCCGCAACUACGAUAUUACCGAUCAUCUCCUGCAGCAAAUCAACCGUAAGCGCACGAUCGAAUGUACCAUUCUCCGUCGCGCAGUGCACUUCAAAACAACCGUACUGGAUCCCCAGUUACAAAACGGAGACAGUGGCGAGGUCAAAUACACCGCUGAAGAUGGCGACAUUCUCGCGCUCAUCAAUCUGUCUGCGGCCGGCUAUAUCACUUUCAAGCCACGCGACCCACCACGAGACAAAUGGGGCCUGCUUGACGGUAGCGGAUACCUCACACGGCAGAUGGACAAGAACAAGCUCCGUUUUGCCAUUGACGUUUACCCGACCCCUUCAUACAUCUACGGGAACCCGGUGCAACCGAAGGUCCAAGCCGUCGGUCCUCCAGCGUCACCGGUAUUCCCAAGUGACAGCCUCCCGCAAAAGGUCCCUCUCUGGUUCGACAUCCACGGGGACCUAAUUCCCCACAUCUGGGACAUGGCAAUCGCCUCCGCCAUCGGCUGCGUUGCCAUACGAGAGGGCGCAAGUGCCGAGACCAUCAGCGGAAUGAUCAAGCCUGCCCUAGGGGCCUGGGAGAUUGAGUUACUGAUGAGUUGGCUGGCUGAUGUGGGCGUCGUGUGUCGAGUGGAGACUGGAGGUUACACGGGCUGGAAGGUGCUCGAGUUCUGGUGGAUGAUUCUGGGUUGA